CCCCCCCCCCCCCCCCCCCCCCGCAUCAUGGCGGCGGCGGCGGCAAAUUAGGGCAGAGCUCGCACCGCCUCGCGCGCGCGCGCGCGCGCGGGCGCCCACCACCCCCGGCGUGACCGACCCGGAGCAGCGCCGCUCCUCGCCCGGCCUGCCCGCCCCCCCCCCCCCCCAUCCUCCUCCCCGCCCCGCGCCGCUCGCAGUCUUCCUCAGUUACCCAGAGAAACCCCUACGUGCCCCAUAACAGCACUGCCACAUUGCAAGACAACCCGAUGGCGUCCUCUACUGCUGUGCCUGUAGGAUUUCACUAUGAAACAAAAUACGUAGUUCUCAGCUACCUGGGACUUUUAUCACAAGAGAAGCCACAGGAGCAUCCUCCUCCUUCAACUCAAGGGACUCAACAACAGUUUAUGAUACAACAUGCUUCAGAGAAAGAGGCUUUGGAGAAGAUCAAAAUAGAAAUCGAGGAGGAGCUAAAACGUCUUGAUGAAGAAAUCUUGGAAGCAUUUACCACUACAGGAUUUGACUGCCACACUUCUCCAGUGUUCAGUCCUGCCACUCCAGAGAGCUCAAUAGAAGACUGCCUGGCUCAUUUAGGGGAGAAAGUAUCCCAGGAAUUAAAAGAACAUCUGCACAAAGCACUGCAGAGUUUGCUUAGCAAGCCGGUGACAUAUCAAGAAUAUCGAGAGCGCACACAAGAGACAGCUGCUCAUGCCAGUGGAUGGAACAAGGUCUUGGUACCUCUGGUUCUGCUACAACAAUUUCUGAUGGAGCUAACCAAACGGGGCCAGGAGCCACUGAGCGCACUUGUGAACUUCGGGGUGACAUAUCUAGAAGACUAUUCUGCAGACUAUAUCAUCCAACAAGGAGGAUGGGGGACGGUCUUUACUUUGGAAUCAGAAGAGGAAGAGUACCCCGGGCUCAUUGCGGAGGACAGUAAUGACAUCUACAUCCUGACCAGUGACAACUCGGGACAGGUGAGCCCCCCGGAGUCCCCCACGGUGACCACGUCGUGGCAGUCGGAGAGCUUGCCCGUCUCCCUGUCUGCGAGCCAGAGCUGGCACACAGAGAGCCUGCCGGUCUCCCUGGGCCCCGAGUCCUGGCAGCAAGUAGCCAUGGAUCCUGAAGAAGUCAAAAGCCUGGACAGCAACGGAGGGGCUGAAGAGAGGAGUGAAAACAACUCUUCCAACUCAGAUAUUGUUCACGUGGAGAAGGAAGAGAUACCGGAGGGGAUUGAGGAAGCAGCGGUGUCAGCUGUCGCUGCAGAGACCAUGCAGGCAGCGCUUCCAGAAACCCCUGCUUCUUUACAGGAAAUAAAACCCCAAGCUGAAGUUGCUGCUGUUGAAAAAGCACAUCCCUCCACGCUUCUGCGUACGAAACAGGAAGAAAAGGGAAAAGUGGCUGAAGAGCAUGUUGAACCUGAAAUCCCCAUAUUAAGUAAACCUGUCCCAAAGCUAGCCCCAUCAGAAGAAAAGGCUGCACCAGAACCUGAGAAAAUACUGCUUCCAGGGGAAAAAAAAGUGGGGAAAGAGGGCCGUUUGGAAGAAAUAGAAGAGAAAUCCUCGGCUGCAGAGGAGAAGCCUAUCUUAUUGCCGGAAGGGAAAUCUAUAUUGCUGUACGGUGGGGCUGCUGCGGUAGCUAUAUUAGCUGUAGCAGUUGGCGUAGCGCUGGCGCUUAGAAAAAAGUAAUGGAGCUCUCUUGAGGAGGAGGGGGGAGAGAGCAGAGAGCACGAUCCAAUUUUUGUAGUUGUAUAACCUAAAGGUUAAGCUGCCUGCUGUUUAAUUGGACAUUUUAGUAACUUAAUGGUGGUGGGAUGAGGUUGUUCAAUAAGCCUCCAGCUAUGGACAAUCAUGUUUUUAGUAGAAUUGGGGCGGGGACUGGUUUUUCGUGAUUAAAGUACAGGGGUAUUUUUAAAAAAAAAAAAAAAAAAAAAUUCUGCAAAUUUAAGAACUUAAGUGCAGGUGCUGAAGAAAGGGGUGCUCGUACUCUAGGAACUGGAACAGAGAAUCCCCAGGGGAAGGGAAGAGCCAGCUGCUGCCAACCCCUGGAGUUUUGGGCUUCUCAGACCGACCGCUAUCGCAGCUGCGCUGUCUUGUCACUUCCCGUCGCGCCCCCGAGCCCUCCCUAACCACCAUCAGCCAACCUGAGUCCUGUAGCGAGAGGCUGGUCUCCCUUCUGUCUCGGCUUCCUCUCAGGUACAGCACUGCUCCUCCUAACCUCGCAGGUUCCUCCUAAGCCCCAGUGGGAGAGUGCUUAUUCUUACCUCUUCGCUCACACCGGUUUUGGCCCCUAACAUUUACUGGAGCCCCACCCCGUAAAGAUGCUGCCUCUCUAUAGCUGUAUUAUCUCUGAGCAUCCUGGUGUUCCUGGGGGAGAGGUGCAGGACGAUGCUUCGGCUGCCGGGGAGGCUGGGAGGGACACUGCUAUCUGCUGGGUUGAGAAUCCACUCGCUCCGCUCCUGCCCGGCCCACUCCACUGCCACCCCCGAGUUACUGGAGGUGCAGAAUUCACGCUGGUCGCGGUGCCGUGCUGAUCAGUGCCCUGACACCCGGGCGUGUUCAGCAAAGAUACGGCACCGCUACGCUGAAGCGAGGCCGGUGCCUCCUGUGCAGUUCAGGGGCUAACCGCUGUGCUGUCCCGUGUCACGCUGCGGUCUGAAUCGUCUUUCCCAAGUUAAGCACAGAGUGUAUUUAGUCCUAACUUGGUCUUGGCUGUGAUGGAAUCCCAGAUACGGAAAGCGAUGGAUUCUAGUAACUGAGCAAAACAGCAUUAAACAUCUCCUCGAUCUGCCCGUUCCUGACCUGCCCCAGAAUGUUGUUCAGUGCAAUUUCUUUUGCGACUCUGAAUCUGUAAUUAGCUAAACUUACAAGUUCACAAAUGAUGAGGAAGUUUCUUUGGGGGGGGAAAAAAAAAAAAAAAAAAAAAAAAAAGCACACCCACACCCUCUUCGUGCAGUCACAACACUUCAAACAUGUGUGGAGAGAAACCUUCACAGUAUGGCCACAGGCACUAGUCAUGUCGGAGCCAACUGCCCGUGUUCCUCGUUCAGUGCGCGCUCGUGUCUGCCCUUGUCCGUACAGCAGCUCUGUGGGCAAGGCCCCGGGCUCUCCAGGCAAAGCUGCUGAUGCAUCUCUGAGGGUUCGUGCUGGCCCUGUGGCUUGGGCCAGAUGGAGAGAGGGGAAAGGGAGCUCAGGAUAAUGUAAAAAUUGAACUGUGAGCUUACGGGAAGCUUACUCUUUGUAAAGCACAAAGACAAGGUACUUUAUUUCUAAAUAAUCUUAUCCAGAGUACAUCUCCUGGUCUGAGAAUGAAGAGAUUCUAGCACAUUCUCUAUUUUAGGAUAUUCUUGCUACAUUUUCCUAUCCCACCCAUAUCCCAGGAUGCUGGGAAGUCAGUAAGAACCUGGCAGAUUCUGAGGAAUGUUUUUUUGUUUAAGCUUUUAUGAGAGUGGACUUUCUAGGAAACUUCUUGGAUUCUGAACUACAUGUGUGAAGUUGAACACUAAGAGGAAGGAAGGAUUGUCGCGUGUGCACGGCUGCUGUGGACUGAACUCGGGAGCUCUGGAGUUUUGGACUUCACCGUUGAUCACCGAUUGCUCUUUUUCCAUGUACAAAAGGUAGCAGGUUGGCCUUAACAGAAAAAGAAGCCCUUUACUAAGUUACAGAAUGGAAUUGACAUUUUUUUGCCAUUUCCCAGUGCCCUGCUGGUCCUCCCAUUGCUGUGCUGCGUGCCCAGAACGGGUCACGGGGAUCUCCUCCCGCCAUGGACUCUCCAGCGUCUGCCUUCCCACCCCUGCAGCCCCCUCUCCGGGCCCCUCGCGUGGAGAGGAAAGGUGGCUUCAUGCUGCUUUUGUCACGGACACGCACGAAUGUUUACAGUUUUGCUUUGUUUUCACCUGUGGCAACAGCAUUUAUCAACAAGUGACAGUCUGCGAGGGCACCUGGUUGUUGCUGCGUGGCGAGGGCUGCUUUGCUGCCCGGUAAGUCGGGGUAGGCCUGUCCCUCUCCUGCUGCUUCGCUGAUCGGUGGCUUCGGUUUCCUCGCCGGGCACCUUCUCUGUGGGAGAAGGGCUGUUCUUAACCCGACCCGUGGCCUCUCCUUCCCGAAGAUGAUGCACCUCCCUGUGGGACACCCCCCCAUGUGUAGCCACACCGCGGGUUACACAGAAGUACCCACGUGCACCCUGGAGCAGAUUUGAUGGAUUUUGUGGACUCUCUGGAUAACUUUACAAACUGGGGGGGCGGGGUGGGGCUGGUGUUACUUCGGCUCUUCUCAGUACAUGGCUGUAUCAGUAGUAGUGUUGGAGGUGGGUACAGGACAGACGAGAAGAAUAAAUCCAUGCCGGCUAGGGAAUAAGCCCCUAGCUUGUUGGCAUAAGGACCCCAGUGGGAUGUUAAAAAACCCCUGACUUCUUCCACACACAGCAGUGAGAAGAAGGUGGCAGCAGUAGUAAGGAAGAUAAAUUGCUUUGUUUUCGUGGUGGGGUGAAAGCCUCAAGUACCUAUCUUAUCUGGUGCGUUGCUGCAUUUAAUGGAGCAUCAGCUACGCUGCGUGCUUUGGUUGCUUGGUCCUUUCUUUAUGUUCUUCUCAUUUUAGGGUCUUAUAGAUUUGGCGAGUCAGCAAGAAUUUGUACCUCUUCUCCCCCACCCUACUGACCACGCAUUUAUAAUGUCUGUCGUAUGCAUCCCUUUUGUCUGGGAACACUCCAUUAGCUGAAAAGGUUGGUUAUGGACGGCAAUUCUACUGAAUUGGGAAUCCUGUGGUCAGAGCUGGGACAGGCCCUGUGGCAGUCACCACGAGGCGGGUAAGCUCAGGUGACAGCAUUCUUACGGACUCGAGUGCCAGGCUCCUUGCUCUAUUACAGGUGUGAAUUAGAAAAUGGAAGGGUUUGGGUCUUCCCGCCCCCCGCCAUCCUCAAGUACAUUAAAGUAAUCCUAAACUGCAGGGUCUAAUUACCCCGAACUGUGUGAUGCAACCUCUCCGUAGUGGAGCUCUUGCAGCUGGCAGAGGAAAGGCAGUAGCUAUAUACUUACAAAAGGGCAUAUAGAAUUACUCUCACUUGUGUUGCUUAUCCCCUUCCCAAAAGUGCCUCAAUAUCUGUCCUCGAGUGGCCUGUACCUUAAUAAAAUAUCUACCUUAGACCCAUUCUUUCUUCACUUUAUCCUUGUCUGCAGCACACCCUAACGCUGAGAUGCUAUAACAGCAGAGGACUGGAUCUACAAGGAACUGCAGUGGGUAGCAUGCUAAAUAAGGAGCUGUCAAGGAAAAGGCUUUCAAGAUAAGGUGCAAUUUAAAAAUUCGGUUGUACUUAACUCUAAGCUCUGCUCACGUGGGUGUUGUGGCUGGGAGCUGGGCCAGGCCUUUCUUCAGCAACCGCUCCUGGAACAACAGGCUGGGAGCAAAGGCAGAAACCCAGAAUCCCUCUGUCGCGCAAAAGCCCAAACCACAGCCACAGAGCCGCGUCCCUGCCUCUUGCAGCCGGGCGCCGGGAGGGCCCGGGGGUCUCCUGCCUCCCGCGCCCCCCAAACCUCCGAAGCUGGAGGCUGUGGGGCUGGCGUUGGCACAGCAGGGCCGAGCUGCUCGGCUGGGGCAGAACAGGGAUAUUACUGGGGCACACACAGCAAAGCAGCUUGAAAAUUUAAGGUUUUUGGUUCUCAUCGGGCUAGGUGGACACUGAGUAGGGGUUUGCAGGGUGAUAAUUUGGCUGCUGAAAAAUCCGGAAAAUAACUUAGAUCUAAAAUACUAGAUCUGGCCCAAUGAAACAAGCCAGAGCCAAGGAAGCAGCAUUUCUGCAGCCUUCUGUCCAUUGGGAGGGGAAUCGGCAAGCGGCUGCCGGCUCCAGGUGCUCCCCAGUCUGAACAGAAGCACCACAUGGAGCCGGACGGUGCAGCGGCCUCAAAGAUGAUCAGGGGACUGGGAAGCCUGCCACGUGGGGAAAGGCUGAGAGAAUUGGGUUUGUUCAGCCUUGAAAAGAGAAGCUCAGGGGAGACCUUUUCACCAUGUUCCAGUAUUUGAAGGGUGGCUACAAAGAUGAUGGAGACUCCCUUUUUGCAAGGAGUGACAUGGAAAAGACAAGGGGGAAAGGGUGCAAGUUAUUCCUGGGGAGAUUCCGAUAGGACACAAGAAUUUUUCCCAAUGAGCACAAUCAGCCGCUGGAAUAAUCUCCAAAGGGAAGUGGUGGAUCCCCAACACUGGACACUUUCAAGAUUGAGCUGAGCAGGGUGCGGGGCCAUCUUGUCUAGUGUGUGAUUUUGCCAGAAAGGUUGGACCACAUAAUCCUCAAGGUCCCUUCUACCCCGCUAUUCUGCAAGUCUGGGAUUUCACAGUCUCUAUUCAGUAUUGCACCUGGUUUUGGACACCAGUUUAACUUCUGGCUUGAGGUGAAGUGCCUGUUGUGGUGGUUGCAGUUGGUUGUUUCUUUCCUAACCUGCCUUCCAGAGAGCAGAUCAACUACUACAAGACUCCAUCCUUGCUGUUUGUGAGGGCUUGAUUUUCAUCCUGGCUGGGGGCUGUGCUCAGGCUGUAGUGCUGAGUGCUCUUGCCUCAGGCAAGUUCUGGUGCCAGAAUCCAGUUUCCUUCCUUUUCAUGUAGCUCUGACCACAGCUAGACUCACGCUUCGCUUUCUAAUGGUCACAAAUGAAAAAUUUCAUUAGUAUUAACCAAGCAAGGUUCUGAAGCUUAGCCUUUUUUUAUUUUAAUAGUUGUAGUAGGCAAAAUAAUUUAAUAAACCUUCCCUACAUUUAAUUUCAGCUACAGCAGUAUGGGAGUACUAGCAAAGCCCUAGUGAGGUAGAUCCUGCUAUUUUGGCAAAAAACUAGAAGCGCUUCUAGCAACAUCUUCUCUCCUUCACUGAACCGGAGCAAGCCCGUGCUACAGAAUUUGAGUCCGAUUGCUAGCUGCUUCUGUUGUGAAAUGGGGGUGGGGGGGGGGUGAACACAGCCCCAGCUGCCAUGCCCAGGUCUUCAGUAGAGUAUCUCAAUCCAGGCUUUGAAAGUCAGCUCAGCAGUGUCUCUGCUCCAACAGGAGUAAUGUCUACUCCAGGAGGCUACACACCGGGAGAAAGCGUUUCCCAGUGAAACACGGAGAGGGGAGGUGCGUUAUCUCCUGUACCUAGUGACGGCAGAACCUGGGCGUGACUUCGAUUUGGCUUGGUCUGCUUAAGUUCAGCACUAGGAAGGUUACGAGAAGAGUAUUGCUCUGACUCCAUGUAUGUAUCAGUGCUUCACAGUGCACGCUCUGUAUUGCCACUAGGGAAAAAAAAAAAAAAAAAAAAAAAGGAGGUAUGCUGUGUGUAAGAUUUAAGCCACCAGUGCUUGUCUCCCUUAGAGCCAAGGCACUGCCUGCGGGGCGCAGGGCUCGCUCCAGGCUGCAGCCCUGGGUUGUGGCUGCUGAGGUGAACACUCCUGCCUGGGGCAGGGGGCUGGGGCCCAAGAACUGCACCAGCCAGGGAGGGGGCAGCUGGGGUGGUACCAGUACAGCCCAGGGAGCAGCACCACGACAGCACUCAACUCCACCUCCUUAAGUUAAGUAACUGUUGCUUUCUUUCCCUACUUAGAGCUGACCCUCUCUCGGUCUCUGAGGUAGGCUGAUUUGCUUCCUCCAAGCUAGAGGUCUAUGGUCAUGCUGUAGAAGUGGGGGAGCUACAGUUAGCUUCCAGUGGAAGCUGCUUUUGAUCUCCCUGCAGUAUCUGCAGGGGAGGGAAGGAACACUGUUGUUUUGGACAGAACAAGCUGCAGAGGAUGCAUCUCACUGCGAUACCUUUAGGGGGUCUGUCAUAAGCUUUUAUUGAAGUGUAAAGCUAAAACCCACUCAGACCAAAAAAAUGCCAUUUGAUUUGUGAAGUAGCAAAGACUAAUGGGACUGACUCCGAAGUAUGGUGUUAAGGGUUAUCUUCUGCUAGAGCUUCUGCUGGGUGUAAGCAGGUAGUGACAGACUGGCAGGCUUUUCAGAUUCUGUUCUCAAGAGGCCUGCCUGGGGGAAGAGACCCUGACUGGUUCUCAAGUCACCCAUUACCCAAGGAACUGGUCAUAUUGUUCCUUUUAAUAUGCAAGUGCAGCCCUCUUGGGGAAAACUGUCUAAAGCUUCUUGUGCCAUUUGGUUAAUAAAAGUGUUUCCACCUUUAAAACAAAGUUCUUUCCAGCUUCAUUGUUCUAUCUUCAGUUGAAGUGAAGGGGUAUGUACGUUUUUUCCCCUCUGCUAACGGGACACUGCUGUAAGACCAUGCCCCCAGGUUGCACUUUAAUAAAUGGUACAGUUUUCAAAAA